GGUCAGGGUGGACUUAACUAAGACUUUUGAGUGUAUUGCUAAUUGCAUGAAGUCAAGAAAAACUUUAUGUUCAUUUAGAAAUUUAUAAUUGUGUUUGGAUUGAGCUUGGAAGUGAAAGCAUGGAGAUGGAGAACAACCUUAUGAUGAAGAAUCAGAAGCUGGAAGCCUUUGAUAUUCUCAGAAAAGCUCUUGUAAUCUCUGCCAGAAACACCAACUUCUUCAUCUUCACAAUUCUCACCUCCCUUCCUCUCUUCUGUUUCUUGGUUUACUAUGAAUCUGUUCUCCAAAAAUUCCUAGUUCAAAUCUCAGAAAUUCUAAAACAACCCCUUGAUGACCUCGACUAUGUUUGGAUCAUACCAUUUGAUACAACCAGAAAAAUGAACAAAGAGUAUACUGAUGGGUUCAUUCAUCUGGGUCUUCUCUAUCUGGUGCCUCUCCAUCUCCUAGAGCUCAGCACCGUGCUCGUGGUUGUUGAUUUGGCAUCAAAGAUGUACACAGAAGAGAGACCAUUGAUGACUCUCAAGGAGAUGCUACAUAUACCCUUAGACAAAACAAGACUGAAGGGCACUUUUAUAACAUCUCUCUAUUUCCUUGUCUUCUCAACUUGUGCUUUACUUGGAUUGAUAUGGUUAGCAACAACAUACUUUGUUGUAUUCAAAGGCGCAAUGUAUGAUUUGUUCUUUGCUGUAUGGUGUGGGCCAUCAUUUGCAGCAUUGCUAGCAAUUUAUUUGGCAUGGAGUGCUGUGUGGAAUGGGAGUCUUGUGAUUUCAGUGUUGGAGGGGACAUAUGGCAUCAAGGCAUUUGCUCUAGCAAUAUAUUUUAGCAGUGGGAGUGAGUGGAGAGGGAUUCUUUUGAUGCUUAUGUUCUUUGCUUGGGAAGUAAGUUUAAGGUUGCCUUGCAUCUAUAUCGGCUGCUAUGGAAGAGGGAUUAACUAUAUUGGUGUUGUUGCUCAGAUUAGCUUGUUCUGCUUUGGGAAUGUGGUGAAAUGGGUCGCCUGCACGAUAUAUUUCUGCGAUUGCAAGAACCGGGCUUUAGAGAAGAGGUUGAUGAUGAAGGGUACAACAGGUGAAAGCUGUGGCUGAAAAACGGCUUGUGCAUAUAUGUGAUCAUGAUUAUCAGAAACUCCAGAGUACAAUUAUGAACUGCAGCAAGUUCAGCAUCAAUUUCCACAUUAUGCAGAUUAACUACGUCUUCCUAGCUCAACUUGUAAUGUUUUUUUUCCUGAAAUUUUCCUGAAAAGUUAAUCAUGUAAAAGUUUACUUGGCCAAGUUUCAUAUGAAUUUGGAAUGAUCUUAAACAGAUAUUUAUCUAUAUCUGCUGUUGUCUUGCAUACCUCUAUGUGGUGAAUGCCAUUGGGAGACUGAAUAAACUUGUGGUCAGAUUUGCACUCACCUAGUUUGGGGUAUAAUCUUUAUUUUGGUGGUAAAUAUAAUCAGUAAAUAAAAUGCAGAUAGCUUUAUUGAAAAUAUGUACAAUAUAUAUUUCAAACUUGUAAUUGUAAUGGUUUGUGGUUAUGACAGUAUAUAUAUGUGGUGGGUGUUUUAUUUUUAUUUUUAUAGUUUGUGUAACGUUUACUAUGUUGCUGAAUGGGGACACAUGA